UUGGUUAAUAGAAAAACAAAACUGAAAAACAUUUGCGUGCUUGAAAAAAAGGAUAAAAAUUAAAAAAAAUAUACAAAUAAAGUGUCUGAAAACAGUCAAAAACAUUGAAUAAAUGACUAGUGUACAAGAGCGCUUACAAAUUAAUCGUACGCCAUUAGAUAAAUGGUCAGUACGGGAACAAUUAUGCUUGGCCUCGGCCGUCGCCUGUAGUGGUGACCAAAAUUGGAUGUCUGUUAGCCGUACACUGAAAGUGGUUUGCGGAAAUAGCAAAGAAGCGUUGCAGUCACGACCGGCAGAUUGGUUUUCUCAAAAAAAUUGUGCUGUCCAAUAUGGCCAUCUAUUGGAAGACGUUGAAACGCCAAAGCGCAAGAAACGUUCAUCUGAGAGUAGUGUAUCGUCUUCGCCGGCCACCGUAGAACCCCCCACCGAAGCCAUACUCAGGCGUUUGACAGAGGAUCGCAUGCAAGAAAUUAAAAUGGAGCUAAGACGAGAACAGGAGGAAUAUGCCAAAUUGUACGCUGAAAUCAAAACUAUACAGAGUGGACAAAUUGGCGAUGAACAGCUGCUACAAAUCUGGAAAGAAUUGGAAAAGGACCAAGAAAUGCAGAGAAUAGAGGAAAUGAAAUUGGAAAAUCAAUUGCGCGAAAGAGAGUUAAAGAAACAGGAGCUUCAAAGAAGUUGGCGAACAGGUACAAAUACACAUAGUUCAUCCUCAUCAACAAACUCACUAAAAUCAUCAACAGAUACGACAGCAGUAGAUAUGGAUGUAGAGGAAAUAAUUGGCUCAGGAAAAACCAUCAUACAAUCGGCCAAUAAUAAUACAGGACAAAUCCAAACGGGUACUUCACCUCUGUUGUCGUCGCUCUUAAAAUCGCCUACAGCAACAGGUACACCGACAACAAGCAUUGUAGUUUCAUCGCCUUCUGUACGCAAUAAUGCGCCCACUAUAACAACACUAUUAACCGGUGGUUCCAUACCAAAUCAAAAUCAGCCAGCUUUAAUACCAUCGCAUGAUGAAGCUGUCCAGAUGUUGACAAGACCCAUAAGUGGCCCACCCCUGGAUACUAUACCAACCCCAGCAUCAGUUGCACAGAAUCUAUUAAGCCCUUCACAGUCGGCUCCUACACUUUCAAUGUUGUUGGAAAAAAAUAAAACCGGUGCACAACAACUGCCAGUAGAAGCUAAAAAUACAGAUUUGAUAACAUCAACUAAAUCAAAAAUUGAGGAAAACACGGCAGUGAACGAUUCCAACAAUGAGUCCGUUCCCAUGGAUAUUGAAGAGGAUUUAACAGCUACUAAAAUAGAAUCUAAUGCAGAUCUACAAACUGGCGACAUCGAUGAUACAGAUCCCAAUGAAGAACAACAGCUGUUGGAGGUUUUUAAGAAUAUUGGAAACAUCGAAGAGCUAGACAUCGAUGUGUCAGAUGUAAUAAAUGAAGAAGUUGAUUUUCUCAAAGGUGUAGACGAAGAAACCCCGCUUGAUGAAAAUAUAGAUCUUGAGCCCAAACUAGAUGAAAAUUACACUGAUCUGACGGAUGAUAUAAAAAUUUUAAACAAUGAAACCACAUCAAUAAAUCAAAAUUCCGGGGAUUCCGUUGAAAAGUCAUUAUCGGGACAAAAAUCGGCUGAAGGAAAAUUGGAAACCGACGGAAAUAAGGUGGAAAUAAUAUCGAGCGAUGACUCUAAUGAUAAUAUUCCACUGGCAGCCGUAGCAUCUUUGGAAUCUUCUAAGGAUCGUUUGAAUAUGAAUGAAUCCUCUAAUGAGGAUUUUUUAAAAGAUCAGGUGGAGUCUGCAAAUUCAAAAAACGAACUAGAUCAAGUAGAAACCGCAAAUGAAACUAGUUCUAACAAUAGUGUGGCAAUUAAACAGGAAAGGUUAGAAGAAUAUGAAAAAUUCAACUCUGAGUCUUCACAGGGGGAAAAUGUGACAAAUAAAAUGUCAGACAAAACUGAUCACAAAGACGGUGUUUUUGUAGCACCCAUGGUCGAAGACACUAAACACGACAAUAUUUCAAAAACAGAAAAAGAUGAGCCAAAAGAAGAACAACAGCUGGAGGAAAGACAAAUUAAAAUGGAGACAAAAGACGAACAUGGCAUGAAUGUAGACUCGUCAAGUUUCCUUGGGGAUACGGAAAAUAACGAACAUCUAACCGCUAACAGCAUGACUGUAGAAUCGCAAAACGAAGUAGGCGAUAUGUUGGCAAUGCCUAAAAUUCAACCUCCACCUUCUAUAUCAAUUGCAGAUACCGAUGAGAACUCUUCCUCCACAGACAUUAGUGUUCAAACGCGUAAAGAUGAAAAACUCACCAGCCGGGGACAACGUAAAAGUCCUCAUGAAGCAAAGACUGACGACGAAAUGCCAAAUCAUUCGAUACAGCAAAUGGCGAUGCCAAAUAUUAGCUCGGCCAGCGGCAAUCUAACACCACGACCAACAGCUUUGCGUAAAUUACGCGAUCGCGAUCGUUCGGAGAGCCCCAUGAUCGAUGAUGACACCACCACACAUAGUGAUCAUUCCACAACAAAUCAACGAUCCAGGCGACGAUAUUCAUCCACGCCAGUCAUAGACAGUAUACCUAAUUCACCAGCAUCCAGUGAUCGUGACGAACGCGACCUAAGAACCUCCAAAAAGUCUCUUCUCAGCAUCUACAAUGUUCUGUAUUCAAGUAAAUACUCUGCCACACUUCAGAGAGUACUUAGUGACGAGUCAUCGGGCCAGAGAUUAGAGGAAAUAUGUCUAAGGUCUAUCGAUUUUGUAACAAUUAAGAGAAAUAUAGAAUCGGGCCAAAUACGCACCGCGUAUGAGUUGCAAAGGGAAAUCCUAUGGAUGUGUCAAAAUGCUCUUAUGAUUACAAAAACCUCUUCGGCCACUUUUAAAACUAUUCUACAGUUUCAACAAGAAUGUCAAAGUGUAAGAGAAUUUAUGGCCAAUGGAUGUGACCUAGGUCAUAGGUUUGAUCGAGAAACUCGGGACACUAAAUCGAAUAGUUCAACGUCAUCCUCCACAGGUGGAGGUACCUCAAAGGGACGCAGUGGCUCUAGGAAAAGUUUACGUUUAUCGUAAAGAAAAACAAUAAAAACUAUUAAAUUAAAACCUAAUUAAUAAAACAAUUAAUCAUAGAAAACAAAAACAUAUAUUAAUAGAAACUACGUAACAAUUAACUAAAUAACUAAAUACAUAUAAAUAUGUACAACAA